AUGGCGAGUACGGGUGAAGCGGACAGGAAACGGCGUCAUGUUAGCUCUAUAUCACCCACUGCCGCCACUAUGAAUAAACCCUCUUCUAUGCGAAUAGAUGAGGAUAAAAAGCUGAAUGCAGCAGUGCUUCAAUUCCAAAAUCAAAUGCUUUUUCUGAAUAAUAUGAGAAGACUUUGGCUGUGGUUAAUAACUCUUGGGGAGAGAUGGCUAUUCACCUCCAGAACUAUGUUUUUAAGCCAGCUCUUAGAAACAGGUGCAACUGAAAGUAGCUCAGCUGGUACCGCUGCAAGUCAAAUUGAAGAAGAUAGUCUUAUUGACGCGGAAAAGUCUCGAGGAUCGAGCCAACAUAUUGGGCCCUGUGAUUUGAAAUCAAAGGUUAAUAUUCUGAGACUGGCAGUUGAGCGAGCUGAUAUUAAAUAUUUGAGAGGAGAGUUGGAGACUACUGCUGCUGGAUUGGAAGAAAGUAACUGCAAGUUGGCAAUUUUAAAAGCCGAAAGAGCAGGGGGAAAGGGGUAA